AUGACGAACAUGACACACGCCCUGACCGGUGAGCAAAUCGGUCACACCGAUGGAAGCCACCGCAGCCCGUGCUGUGGCAGCUGGCCGGUGCACACUGCACAGGUCAACUCUGGCAGCUGGUCGGUGCACAAUGCACAGACCAUCAGUCAUUCAGAGGGUAAAGUCAUGACACAAGCCCUGACGGAAGCCAUGACCCAAGCCAUGCAGCUUCCCGCAGAGGCCGCAGGAAGUUCAAGCGGGAGUACAAUGCACACGUUGAAGCUGUCAGACCAUUUGUCCGUUCUGGUCAAGCCUCCUCCUGGCUUGGAAAACAUCGGUCAUUCUCAAAAAUCUCCAGCUCCCCUGCCCUCGUUGCCAAAUCUCUUACCUGGCAAAGCCAGCAAGAAGACUCGGGACAGACAUUCCAAGCCAAACCCAGAGGGCACCAAUUUCGUCGCGCUGCUGCGCAGCAAGGAAGGAGCCUCGAUGCUCAGCUGUCAGCUGGCAAGCUUGAGUUCAACUCAGCUGCAAAGCUUCUGUGCGGAAUUGCUGACGUCCUUGCUGCCGGAUUUGAAGGUGCUCGCUUGUGACCCGAAUGCAAUGCCUGUAAUCAGUCAGCUCCUAGCUUUGCCUGGAAUCGAUGAUUUGCGAUUGAAGCUGACUCGGCGACUCCGGGGGUCCUUACUGAAGCUGACGAAAGACAAGCACGGCUGCUGGGUGGUGCAGGAGGCGUUGCAGGCCGCUCCGGCAGAGCUCCAUCCUGCGCUGGCGCAGGAGCUACGAGGGAACGUUCUGGCGUGCUGUCGACACCGUCACGGCAACUUUGUGCUCCAACGUUGCGUGGAGCUGCUCAACCACGAUGCGGUCAGCUUUAUUGUGGAGGAGCUUAGAGACCAUGCUGUCGAUACCUCUUUGCACAUUUAUUCCGGCCGUGUUAUGCAGCGACUUAUAGAGCAUUGCCCUCACAGUGGGAACAUGAUGGCACUUCUGGAUGAACUGUUGCACCAAGAGAAUCUGCACCAGUUGAUUAUGGAUCCGUAUGGCAACAAUGUUCUCAGGGCAGUUCUGGGCUCCGGGAAAGCGGUGCACAUCAAGAUGAUUGGCCGCGCAUUGACGGCAAACGUGCUGACCUAUGCGCAGCAUCGGCACGCCAGCCUUGUCAUGGAGGCUUUCCUUGAUGCCUUGAAGGGGAAAUACCAGCACGAGCUGCUGCAGGAAAGACACGACCUGAUGGAAACUAUUCUCGGUGGCAGCAGUGGCAGCACAACUUCACCGUUUGAGCAUAUAGCUUUGGAUCGAUUCGGCAAUUACAUCGCGCAGCGAGUAAUGGAGAACUGUCAGGGCAUUGAGCAGCAAAGAAUCCUGGAGCUACUCACUGUGCUGAGACCGAAGCUUAGACAUGCAGUCAACGGACAGCACAUACUGCAGGCCGCUCAGCGAAAAUUUGGCCCGCGACUCUUGUCGGUUUGCGAGCCAGCGUAUUACCCGGGUGAGGCACCGGGAGAGAAGCAGAGCGAGAAAGAGUCGGCUGGGACGGCCCCGAAGGCUACGAAUUCCACCCAGGGCCGCAUCUUCACCGCAUCUCAACACCAAGCCAAUGUGUUGUUCCUGGAUCUCCAGCUACGUGGCCAUCUCCGGCAGAUUGUUCCUGCCUCUCAUGAAAGGAAGAUGCGGAUCCUCAUUAAAGGAGGCGUGUGGAAGAACUCAGAGGAUGAAGUCCUCAAGGCUGCGGUCAUGAAAUAUGGCCUGAACAACUGGCCUCGAGUUGCGUCUCUACUGGCCAGGAAAAGCCCUAAGCAGUGCAAGUCUCGCUGGUACGAAUGGCUUGACCCCAGUGUCAAGAAAACCGAGUGGACGCGUGAGGAGGAGGAGAAGCUGUUACACUUGGCGAAACUGUUUCCAACCCAGUGGCGAACAAUAGCUCCCAUUGUGGGCCGCACAGCCUACCAGUGCCUGGAGCAUUAUGAGAAGCUCUUGGACCAAGCCCAGGGCAAGGACGAAAUGGACGAAAACGAUCCGCGCCGAUUGAAGCCGGGCGAGAUCGAUCCUCACCCGGAGACGAAGCCAGCGAGGGCGGAUCCGAUUGACAUGGACGAGGAUGAGAAAGAGAUGCUGUCAGAGGCCCGCGCAAGGCUGGCAAACACUCGGGGCAAGAAGGCCAAGCGAAAGGCCCGUGAGAAGCAGCUGGAAGAAGCACGUCGGCUUGCUGCAUUGCAGAAAAGGCGCGAGCUCAAAGCUGCGGGAAUUAGCACCUCACGGAGGUACAAGUCACGCAAGUACAUUGACUAUGGAGAGGAAGUGCCCUUCGAGGCCGUCCCUCCAGUCGGCUUCCACGAAGUGGGACCGGAGGAGACGCCAAGGGUCACCAUGGGCAUGGCAAACGUGACACUGCAGGCCGUUGAGCACAGGAGCCGACUCGAUGAGGAAAGGCGCCGCCGCAAGGAUGAUGAGAGGAAGCUCAAGCGCCUGAAGGAGGAGAACCUCCCUGAAGCCAUCGACAUGAUCAACAAGCUCAAUGAUCCACAGCAACUUCGAAAACGAACGGCUUUGGCCCUGCCUGCCCCGCAGCUUAACGACGAGGAACUCGAAGCCAUCGUCAAAAUGGGUGCAGAUGCAGCUGCCAUUCAAGCCGAGAGUGCCGACACUUCAACGGCCGGCCUCGUUCAAAGCUAUGGCGACACUCCUGGCGCCACUCCUGUUCGAACCCCAAGGCGGCCGGACCCUGUCAUGCUUGAGGCGCAGGUGCAAGCAGGUGUCACGCCGCGUGAGGAGGUGGCAAGCAUGCUAGGUGGAAUGACACCAGGUGCGACUCCUGGCGCUACACCUGGAGCCACUCCGAACCCUCUGGCGCAGACACCUGGGCUUCGUGCCAAUGCAACUGCGGGCCUUACUCCGAACCCACUGCUUGGACAGACGCCGGGGCCCGGAGGUGCGACUCCAGGGGGGGCAAGUACCGCUGGAAAGGGCCUUCGUGACGGCCUGGCACUCAACCAGGAUGAGGAGAUGGAGCAAAUGCCGGACAGGAUUCGAAAGGCAAACCAACGUAUGCAGAUGCAAGCUGCGUGGGGAAGCCUGCCUGCUCCGAUGAACGAAGUGGAAAUCUCGAUGCCAGAUCUCAUGGAGGAAGAGGGGGACACGCAGGCGCCUUUGGAGGAAGAUGCAGCUGAUGCCGAUAAGCGAAGGGCAAAGGAGGAGCAGAAAAGACUGGAGAUCGAGCGUCAAAAGCAAAGUCAGCCUGUGAAGCUGGGUUUGCCACGACCUGUGCAGACAGGGAUGAUGAUCUUUGAAAGUGCUGCAUCGCAGGCCGGAGAAGUGCUUGAAGGGCCCAAGCACUUGCUGCAGCAGGCAGAAACCUUGCUGCACGAGGAGAUGGGUGCCAUGGUAACUCGCGAUGCCGUACUGUUCCCAGUCAAGGGCGCGAAGCCCCCAAAGAAGGCUCCUCCGGCUGGGAUUGACUUUAGCCUGGAGGAGUUGAAAGGCGCGAGUGAGCUGCUGGAAGAGGAAUUGGAGGCUUUUGCACAGGAUGCGGGCGGUGGUCACAACUCGGAGGUGGCUGUGCAGGCAGCCUUCGACGAGAGCACCAGCAGUGAGCCCUACGUCUUCCUGCCCUCUGCUAAACGCUACGUGGAUGGCCGACUCCUGGGGAAGAAGGAGCGGGUGGAGUCCGCUAGGCAUAAGUUCGAGAUUGUGGACUCGCACCACCAGAAGGAGACAGCAACGUUGCAGCUGCACGUCUGUGCACAGCCGCACGUGACAUCAAACCAGGAGGUGAAGAAGUCGAAGAAGUUGGAAGAAAAAAUGGAAAGACUACUCGGAGGCUACAUGACAAAGGCGAGACAGGCGCUCCUUCACAUACGGAAGCUCUCCGAGGAGCGGGAGACGAUUUCCAUCGAGACAGAAGUCUUCCAGACCCUUCGUGCGAGAGAAGAGAAGGCCAUUGAGAGCCGCGUGGAGGAGCUCAGGGAUCAGGUGGAGCAUGAGAAGCAGAGGAACCUGAAACUGCAGAACCGCUACAAGGCGCUGAAGAUGCUACAGAAGCAGAUAGACGACAAGCUGCAGUAA